UGCUUUUUCUUGUAGUGAAUUCCCACUUCUGCACUGUUAUCUCUCCUUGAUCCUUCGUCCCUUUAGGAAGACACAGGAGACGAAGACGACAACAAAGACAUUGGCAGGUCCAGUGGAGACGACGCAACGACCCCCAAGUGUGUUGUCCCACACACGGAUCACGCGGCUUCAUCUCGUUUUCCUCCCCCACAGACGGGGAACCGCGUGAGCAGACUCCAACCUCUCACCUUAGUCACCUAGCUACUUAAGAGAUUAGACUGAACUUGGAGAAGAUGAUAAGCCAAGCAGAGAAGUGGAAAAAAAAACAGAGUUGUUCGAUGGAGCACCUUGGAAGGGCAGCAGUUUGAUUCCUGUUGCUUGCAGCCUAUGCUCCCAUAUGAGGGAACUUGUUUUUUACCCACAAAAAAGGAUAGCCAAGAAUAUCAACUAUAGUUGUUUGACAUAAUAAAAACUUCCAUGAACAGGAAGGGUCAUAAACAUGGUCUUAUCUUCUGUGCAAAUGCAUAUAUGAAUUGGCAGUUUCACUACACAGGGUACUGGAGCUGACAAAACAGAAGUAGCAAAUGUCAUCCUAUUGUUGUUUUUGGAAGCCAAAACAGCCAAUCAAUGUGGGACGUGUGCAAUUAGUGAAAGGGGAUCAAAUGAUUUCAAUCCAAGAUGUGCUCAGAUUGCUUGUUCGUCCAGAGGUCGGAUCAAUUCUCAUUGAAGGCAUAGGUGGCUUAGGGAAGACAUGGGCUGCAAAGGCUGCAUAUCAAGCAGCAAGGGCCAAUAAUCUCUUUGAUGAGUAUAUCUGGAUUUCCUUGUCAAUAAAUUGUAGCCUGAGACAGUGUAUAGAUAAGAUUACUGCAUGCCUGUCAUGUGAAAUCAGAGAGGACUUGUCAGUACAAAGAACUACUACCAUGAUCAAGGAAUAUCUCACAAAACGGAAGUUCCUGUUGGUUCUUGAUAAUGCUUAUUUCACUGAGGAAAAUAUCUUGGAGCACAUGGGAAUUCCUCAUCCCCGCCAGCAAAAUAUUGGUUCAAAAGUAAUCGUGACCACAAGAACUCGGAGGACAGCAGGUGCUAUGUGGCCACAUGGCCCAGAUACAGUAAUAAUGCCACAACCUCUAACUUAUGAAGAGUCAUAUAACCUACUCUGUACAAAGAUUGGAAAAGAUGUUGGUUCUUCAUACACACUAGAUUUAAUCAACAAUUGCUAUGGCAUCCCACUGUCAGUCAUUCUAUUGGCUGGAGUAUUGUGUGAUGUACCAAGUCAAGAUACAUUAAAUGAGUUGGUCAGAAAUGCUUGUGUCACUCUAGGAUCCAAGGUAUCAGUGUUCCACACAAUGCAGCGUCUUGUGAAAUUCGCAUACCAUCAACUUCCUGAUGCUAAUGCAAGGCACUGCUUCUUGUACUGCUUACUCUUCCCUGAGGAUCAAGGAAUUCCAGUCAAUGACUUAAUCCGUUUCUGGGUAAUGGAUGGUCUAAUCACACAAUCUAUUGAAUUUCACGAGGCUAGCUGUAUUGGAAAGGAAAUUCUUGAUGUCCUUUUAAAGCGUUGUAUGCUGUAUAUGGAUGGUAAUGAUCACGUACGUAUGCAUGAUGUGAUUAGAGAGACUGUAUCAGGAUUUGGAAAGGUAAACGGUUACAGAGAGCAACAUGACUUCAAGUUUGGUAAUCCUGCAAGAAAAUUAGAGUGUCUGGCCAAGUUAAGCACAAGAGUUUCACUAAUGAGUACCGAAAUGGAAUAUCUUGAUGGAAGUGUACGAUGCUUCUGGCUUACAUCAUUAUUUUUAAGAGGAAACCGCCAUAUGAAAUAUAUAUCAGAAGAACUCUUUUGCCAUAUGGAAAUGCUUGGGAUACUAGACCUCUCAUUUACUGGAAUCAAGAUACUACCGCGUUCAAUCUCCUGUUUGACUAGGCUCCGAAUAUUGUUACUCAUGGGCUGUGAUCACCUGGAAGAAAUUCAGCACAUAGCUUCAUUGGCACAGUUAGAGGUCCUGGAUGCAUCUAGUUGUCGUUCCCUGAGGAGUAUAGAAUCUGGAUCAUUUGGCCAUAUGGGAAUGCUUGGGAUACUAGACCUCUCAUUUACUGGAAUCAAGAUACUACCGCGUUCAAUCUCCUGUUUGACUAGGCUCCGAAUAUUGUUACUCAUGGGCUGUGAUCACCUGGAAGAAAUUCAGCACAUAGCUUCAUUGGCACAGUUAGAGGUCCUGAAUGCAUCUAGUUGUCGUUCCCUGAGGAGUAUAGAAUCUGGAUCAUUUGACCAUAUGAUGUUGUUAAAGCUCCUUGAUCUUUCCACAACUUCCAUCAAAUGCUUGCCUUCUCUUCCAGCUUCCAGGGAGCUUUGCCACUUGCUGCUGCAGAAUUGCCCAUAUGUGGGGUCUGAGAACACCAUCAAAUCAGAUGGCAUACUCUCUGAUACAGAACUCAUCAGGUUUCCUUACGGAGUGUCCAAAACUGGUGCUAUCCAGAAUUUGCAGCUAGGCAGAAUAGGAGAUUUAUCGGAUUUGAUGGCUAUGCUGUGGUUGCCUUGCGGACUGACUUUUCAGCUGUGUGAUAUGUUCAACAUGGGAGUACUAUUUAGCGAUAACGAGGAUAGCAAAACAUUUGUUUAUGCGAGUGACACUUAUUUCUUUCACUCCUUGAAAAAGGACUCUCCAUUAUGGUUGAAUGGUUUUCAAAGGUUUCAGAUUAUCAUCUCUCCUCUGAAGGAUGACCAAGCCUUGGAUACUGAUGCACAACUAAUGAAGGCAGAUUUCAUCUUUCGGAGUUCCUACUUUAAGACAAAACACUUUACACAUUCCAUUGAUCUUGAUAAGUUUCUUGAAAUAAACGGUACCUUUGAUGUUCCUUCCGAAACUGAGGGCAUUCUUGGUCAUGCUGAACUGGUAUCAUUAAAGAGAUUAGCGACCACCAGGUCUUCAGACCUGAAUAUUACUAGUAUGGAAGCAGUUCGAGAACUUUGGAUAGAGAAUUGUAGCCAACUGGAGAGUCUUCUCUCAGUAGAUGAAAUUGAGAUUUUGUCUGCAUGGGGCAACUUGCACAAUCUAUGGAUCUCCAACCUAGAAAGGUUGUCAUCCCUUUUGGAAGGGGUGAAAGAUGUGGUUAGUUUCAGUUGUCUGAAGCACUUGCUCAUUGAUUGUUGUCCAAAUCUCAAGUGGAUCUUUCCUUCAAUGGUAUGUCUUCCGAAUCUUGAAACGAUGCAUGUAAAGUUUUGUGACAUUCUGGAGAGGGUAUUUGAAGAUGACAGUGUCUUGGGAGAUGACGCUCUUCCAAGGCUGCAGUCACUGGAACUGUGGGAGCUUCCUGAGCUAUCCUGUAUCUGUGGUGGAACUUUGCCGUCUCUGAAGAAUCUCAAGGUGAGAAGCUGUGCAAAGCUGAGAAAAAUCCCUGUUGGCGUUGAUGAAAACAGUCCAUUUGUCACGACGAUAGGAGAAACAUUCUGGUGGGACUGUUUAAUCUGGGACGACGAAAGCAUUAAGCGUUGGAUACUGUUCAGAAAGUGGGGGCCAAUGCUACCAUAUCUUGCAACUGAAGGAUGAAGAUGCAUCCGAUUCCGGGCUGAACAUUUCUGCUGAUUGGUGGUUCUCAACACGAGGAAUAUGGAAGCAGCAGCUCCAAGGAUUCGACACAAUUGAGAAAAACAACAGUGAACAGAUAUCCAAAAGCACAUGAGCUUCUGUUUAGCAGGCCCAUAUAUUAAGUUGUACUAUAUGGUUUUAUCAAAGAACAUCACUCUUAUUUGGAAAAUUUAUGAUAAAUGUGGACGGUUAAUUAGAAGUUGCAUCCGGAGCUCAGCUCUGUAUGACUUUGCCUUUAAUUAGGUCUGCACAGUUUUUAGUCACUUCAAAAAUCUUUAAUAAUUCAAACA